AUGCGUACGGAGGGCUGGCAGCAGGGCAGCGGAGGGCUGGCAGCAUCGGUGCAGGAGCUGACCCUGACGGCGCGGAGGCUGUCGGCGUCGUCGGCGGCGCUGGCGGCGGCAGAAGAGUCGCACACCUCGUCGCAUGCGUCGCAGCUUGCGAGAGUGUACGAGCAGGUUCAGGCGCUGUCGCGGGAGAACGAGGCACUCGCCGAUGCACUCGCCGAGGCGAGGGCGGCGGUGACCGCUGCGCAGCAAGGUCAACAGCUGUCCGAUCUGCGGCUGGCCAAGGAGGCCGCAAAGCAUGCGGCGUUUGCAGAGACCGAGGCGGCGCGGCGGCAUCAGGCCGAGGUCUCGCUGGCCGGGGUCCGUGAGGAGGCUGCCGUUCUCCGUGAGUGCAUGGCGCGGAAGGACGCGGAAGUCGCCGCCCUCCGCUCGCUUCUCGGCAAGUCGGAGAACGCGGCGGCGGCGGCAGUCUCGGAGGCUACCGAGGCAGCCGCUGAACUUGAUCGCGCCUCGCAGGCGCUGGCGCGCGAGGCGUCAGCGGCAGAGGCCAUGGCUGGCCAGGUUGGUAUCCUGCGCGAGUCGCUUGCUGCCGAGCAGAAGCUCAAGGACCGCGAGAUCCUUGCUGCCGCCGAGCAGCGCGACCAGAUCCGGUUGCUCGCCAAGCAACUUGAUGACGCACAGGCGGCCGUGCUUAAGCUCAGAGUCAAGUGCAAGGCGCUGGCGACUGACAAGAGCCAGCUGGAAAUGCGGGUUGCCCAGGCUGAGGCACGGGUACCGGAGCUGGAGAGCCAGGUCGCGUCGGCGACUCAGCUCGCGGUUGCGAUCCGCUCCGAGCUGGAGAGUGAGCGCGAGAGUGUUGGCAAGCUCCGAUCGGCGAGCCACUCGGCGUCAGACGAGCUGGAGUCCCAGCUGGCAUCAGCACAGCAGCAGGCGCUGGCGCUGGCCGCCGAGCGCGACACCCUUGCAGCGUCACUGGCGAGCGCCGAAGCUGCGCGCGACGAGGCGCGGGCCCAGGCCAAUGCACUGCUGGACGAGCUGGAAGCUGCCCGGGCUCGGCUGGAAACCUCGGAGAACAUCCGAGCCCGACACCUCCUCCGCCGCCAUGAGCCUGCGACGCAUGCGGUGGCGGAGCAGCACGUGGCGCUCCUUCGCGACAUGAACGCAGCGCUCAACGCUUCGCUCGGCAACGCACAGGACGUCAUUCGCUCGCUCGAAGGUGCGCUUGCCAACGCACAGCGGAAUGCCGCAGCGACUGCAGCGGCGACAGCUCCAGUCCCGGCUCCAGCUGCUGCUCCAGCCGGGGCAGCAGCGGCCGUUCCGACCGAGGCCGAGCUGGAGGAGGAAGAGCGCAGGCAGGGAGUGCUGCGACGGGCGCGCGACCAGGUGGUCUCGCUCAAGGCGCAGGUCCGCGAGCUGAAGGACCAUGUGAGCGAACUCGAGGACGAGCUGGCUGCAGCGCGGACCAAGUCGGGCGAGGUGGCGCGCGCGCGCGCGGCCGAGGCCGAGGCUGUUGCGCUGGCGGCAUCGCGUGAAGCACAGCUGGCGGAUGCGUCGCAUGAACUGGCUGCGGCAAAGAAAGCACUGAAGGAGGCGCAAGAUCGGCUCUCUGAAGUCCACGUGGUUGCCGGCGAAAAGGUCAAGGCUGAGGCCGAGGCCGGGGCACGGGCACUGCGCGAGCGGGUGUCGGCGCUGGAGCAUGCGCUAAUGGCGGCACAGACCGAGGCUGCGAGUGCCAAAGCGGCGGCGUCCGACGCGAUGGAGCGGAGCAAGGUGUAUGCUGCCGACGCAACGCGCGAACAGAGUGCGCAGAUCGAGGCGCUGUACGCCGAGAAAGCUGCGCUGGAAAGCAAGCUAGAGGAGGUGGCGGCGAUGGCGGAUGCGGCGGUGGUGGCAGCGGCGGCAGCACAAGAAGCGACAACGAAGCCAAAGUCGCCGCCACGAGCACGUGGCCCGCCAUCAGCGUCCGAGGUCGGACAGGUGCUGGAUGAGGUGGCGACGGCGUGGGCGGCGGCGUUGCGUGGGCUGGGCGAUUCGCAGCGAGAGUCACUGCGAGUGAUGCGGACCAAGGUCCGGAUGGUAGUGCGGAUGCUGGAGGACGUGCUCAAGGUGCGACAGCCGGGCAUGUCGUCGGCGCUGGCCGGCAAGUUGCGGUCCGCGCGUGCAGCGCUGGCCGGCGUGGUCCGUGUCGCUGACGACAGCCCAGCACCCGGCGGCGGGCACGGCUCGCUGGUUGAGACAGCCAAUGCCGCCAUUGGACUGAUGGACGAGCUGGAUGCGGCAGUGGAGACAUGGGUGGCGUCUGCAGUGCCUGGCGCAGGUGAGGGGCCUCUUGUGCGCGCGGUACAGGCCAAGGGCGCGGCGCUGCAUUGCCUGGUCCAGCAGCUGCUGCUUGGCGGUUAUCGCGGGCGGGGCGCAGGCGCGAGCAUGGCCGAGGGCGAUGCCGGGAACGGCCCUAGAGAGACAGCCGAGACGGCAUCGCCGCUUCGUGGCCGGCUGGCGGCGACGCCGGAGGGAGCGGUGCACUCGCGGAUGCAGCGUGCGGCGAUUGUUGACGGCCUGGUGGCGGAUCUGAAGGCGCGGUUUGCAGAGCACGGCCUCUCACUUCCGCUGUUUAAGGUCGAAGAUUUUGUGUACAUGCUGCGGUCGCGCAAGCUGCUUCUCUCCGUGGCCGGCGACAAGCUGCUGGUGCGGACUGGCGGCGGCAGCGAGGAUCUCCUUGUGUUCCUAGAGCGGGUAAAGUUUUAG